AUGAUGGACGCCAUCCAUCGGAGCGAGGAGAUGUGCCUGGCACAGCUCUAUCUCCAGAACGAAGCCGCUUACGCCUGUGUUUCGGAGCUGGGAGAGCUUGGAGUAGUGCAGUUUAGGGAUAUGAAUCCAGAUGUGAAUCCAUUCCAACGGAAGUAUGUUAAGGAGAUCAGACGUUGUGAUGAGAUGGAGAGGAAGCUUCGUAAGUUGUUUUUUAUUGUAUUGCUUUGGUUUUUAGGACUGUUUGAGCACUAUUAACGAAUCUUGUGCUCAUCUUCGUAUUUUAAUUUGAAAAGGAAUUUUUAUGGACGAAAUGAUAUCAAUAAUAGUUAAAACAUUUAAUUUUAUGUUGAGAAAUCAAUGUUUUUAAGGAGUUUAGGUAUUCUUUUUAAACCUAAAACAAUUUAAAGCUAAACUCAAAUCUUUUAGGCUAUCUUGAACGUGAAAUCAAGAAAGAUUCGAUUCCAAUGUUCGAUACCGGAGAGAAUCCAGAAACUCCACAGCCAAGAGAGAUGUUCGAUCUUGAAGCCACCUUCGAAAAGCUGGAAAACGAACUCAGAGAGGUUAAUCAAAACGAAGAAGCUUUGAAGAAGAACUUUGCUGAGCUUACCGAACUAAAACAUGUGUUAAGAAAGACUCAACAGUUCUUCGAAGAAGUGAGUUAUAUUAUUUUAGUUUUUAUGUGUUUAGGCCCUUAUGUUCAGUAUUUGUGGGCCGGUUUUGGAGUUUUAAGAGGUAAAACAAGUAGUUUAACGUUAAAUGAGUGUUGUUCCGGUACUAAAGAUACUUCUUUCUAUGAAAGAUAAUCGUUUUUCGGGUUUAGAGGGCAUUUUUACUUGAUUUUCUUAACAUUUUUUUGAAAAAGAAGCCUAAAAUUAGGUUUUUUGAAGAUUUUUAUAUAGAAAUUAGGUUCUUAAAUAGUAAAACAACUUAAAGUUAGAUGUAUUAUCCUUUGCUUUUUUGUCUGUCAAUGUUGCACGUUUUUAUUCACAGAUUUGUCGUUUUGUGUACUGUUCAUGCACUACUAACACCUAUAUUAGAUAAUUUAAAUCACCUACCAAAAAAUUAACUUUAUGUUUAGGUAGCUUUAUAAAAUUGUCAUAAAAAUGAGUAAUUUUAAGUAUUAUUUUUCAAGUUAUCUUUUGAAAAUAGAUUUCUUUUUAAAAACCUUAUUUUAUGUUGUAAAACCGUGUUUUGUGUUGUGUAAUAUUGUAAUGGAUAGGUGGAACGAGAUGAUGGGUUAUUUGGACGAGCAUCACGAUCUCCACAACGAUUAAUCGAUGUUGACGACAACCAACCUCUACUUCAAGCUAUGGAGAACACGACGAUACAGCAACGAGUCAAGUUUGGGUAAAUUUUAGCUUUUUUUACAACAAAAAUGGCAAAUUUUAAGGAAAAAAGUCAAGUUUUGAAGUAAAUUUGUAUUUUGUUACGUUUUGUAACCUUAUUAUGCUUCUCAAAUGUAUAUAGGUUCUAAACGAUAUAAAAUAAGGUGUUUUGGUAUUUGUUUUAAAUUUUAAAGGAUUUUUAAUCAAAAAUGGUCGAUAAAGGUAUAGUAGAGCACACGUUGUGUUUGUAACGUAAACAUUUCGAUAAUUUGUGGUGGUGUUUGUUGUGUGAUAUUGUAAAAAUGUAAUGAUUUGUGGUUGAGCAAGUACAAUAUGAUAUUGGAGAUUAUUAGUUUGUAAAAGAGUUUUACCUUAAAUGACAGAAAAAUGGAUUUAAAUUUAAGAUUGUUUGUGUUAAUCUUUAUUUUUUGUUGAAUUUCACUACUUUUCAGCACUUUGCACGCUUUUUCAGUUUUCUAACGCAUUUUUUACUAAUUUCUGUCUAUUAUUACAUUACAUGUAUUCUUCACUAACUUUAAGUUCAUUUGAGAAUAGGUUUUUUGGGUAAAAUACGAUUUUUUUUAUUAAUUUCUUUUAUUAGGUUGUUCAAAUAAUUCAGGGGCCAUUAAUUUUUGAUGAUGUUAAGGUAGUUCAACAGGUAUAAACUGAUGAAUUUUAAUUUAAUGAUAUAAUGAGGUAAUGUUGGGAGUAAAGACGUUGCUAGGGUUUUUUUCUAAGAAACUAAGGGAGGGGGCGAAAGUCAAAAAAAAAUCUUUAAAGGAAGGUUUCGAAAUUUUGCUAACCUAAUUUGCCAUCGGAUACAUAUCUGUGGAAGUUUUUUUAAAUCUGUCUUAAAGAAUGGAUACAUUCUCAUUUUCCUCUCCCUUCCCCCUAGCGAGGUCCCUAGUCAAGUCCUAGAAGAUAGUGUAACACGUUGUAAGGUAGUCAAUAUACAUAGUUGUAAGGAACAGUUUUAUAAUGAAAUAUUAAAGAGCGAAGGAGAAAGACAAGCGUUGGACGUGCUGGCAGGCGAGGACGGCUCUCCAGUCAACACUUCGGAUGGGGCGCGCCUCAUUUCCGAACAAGAAACUGCAUUGACACAUAAGCCGAAUCUGAAGUGAGUAAACACAACAUUGUCAAGCUGCAAGACAAUUUACUGUAUCAAAAGAUUAUCAAUUACAAAAACGGAAAAAAAUGUUACAGUAUUCACAAAAAGAAUUUUUAAAUUUUGAAGUUACGUAUAAUAUUCUUUGACUUUGGUAUAACAACUUUCACUAACCACAAAUUAUCGAAAUGACAUUUAAAAUGUGUGCUUCUACAAAAAAUAUAGUUUUUAAUAAGAAAAGGUGGAAAUAUCUAUGUUGUUGUAGGUUUGUUGCUGGUGUGAUUCAACGAGAACGUCUUCCAGCUUUCGAGCGACUUUUGUGGAGAGCGUGCCGAGGAAACGUGUUUUUGAGACAAUCAGAGAUCACCGAAAGCUUGACUGAUUGUACUACUGUAAGUUAAAUAUUCUAGGCUUUUAAUGGGGUUUUGUUACCUAAAAUUAUGUUUUUUUUUGCUUUUUUGAUAUAAAAAUUAUAAUGUUACCUAAACAGCAAUUUUCAGGGCAUUUCCGUGAACAAAAGCGUCUUCAUCAUCUUCUUCCAAGGUGACCAACUUAAGGCUCGUGUGAAGAAGAUCUGUGAAGGCUUCCGUGCCACAAUUUACCCAUGCCCAGAGACCAGCCAAGAGCGUCGCGAAAUGUCGAUUGGUGUAAUGACAAGAAUCGAAGACUUGAAAACGGUCCUAGGCCAAACCCAGGACCACAAACACCGUGUGUUGGUGGCAGCGGCCAAGAACGUGCGAAUGUGGAUGGCCAAAGCCUGCAAGAUCAAGGCUAUUUAUCAUACGCUCAACUUGUUCAAUGUGGAUGUCACCCAAAAGUGUUUGAUUGCUGAAUGCUGGUGCCCGGUAUCGGACCUGGAUCAGAUUCAAAUGGCUUUAAAGAGGGGAUCGGUAAGGGUUUGAGGCCGUUUUUGAGGGAAAAAAGGGGGUUGUUUUUUGGGGGUGAUAUCUGUGUUUUGUCAAUGACAAGGUGUAUCUGAUGUCGUUAGACUAGUUACAUAAAAUUAUUUAAAUUUCAACCAAUUUAUCUUUACAGGAAGAAAGCGGCUCCACCGUACCAUCAAUCCUCCAACGAAUGGACACUGCCGAAGCUCCGCCAACCUACAACAAGGUCAACAAGUUCACUCGUGGCUUCCAAAACAUUGUAGAUGCCUAUGGUAUUGCCAACUACCGUGAAAUCAACCCAGCUCCAUACACGAUGAUUACUUUCCCAUUCCUGUUUGCUUUGAUGUUUGGAGAUAUGGGGCACGGUCUGAUAAUGUUCCUCUUUGCUCUGUUCUUGGUCCGAAAAGAGAAACAAUUGGAAGCGGCCAGAAUCCGCGACGAAAUUUUCCAAACCUUCUUUGGCGGACGUUAUGUCAUCUUCUUGAUGGGCUUAUUCUCUAUCUACACUGGCUUCAUCUACAACGACGCCUUCAGCAAGUCCUUCAAUUUGUUUGGCAGCUCCUUCUUGAAUGACAUGUCCAAGAGUCAGCUGGACAAAAUCACGAAGAACGAGGAGAUUUGGGAGAACAAGUACAUGUUGGUACCGGAAAAGCAGGAUCUCUCAGCACCAUACCCAAUCGGCGUGGACCCAGUAUGGAAUCUGGCUGAAGCCAACAAACUCAACUUCCUGAACUCGAUGAAGAUGAAGGGAUCGAUCAUCAUCGGAAUCGCCCAAAUGGCCUUUGGUAUCAUCCUCUCUUAUCACAACCACAAGUACUUUAAAAGCCGACUCGAUAUUGUCUACGUUUUCAUCCCUCAAAUGAUCUUCCUCUGCUCCAUCUUUGUCUACUUGUGCCUGGAAGUGAUCUCCAAAUGGCUCUACUUUACUGCCAAGCCAGGAUGGGUGCUGGGCAACUACUAUCCCGGCUCAAACUGUGCUCCGUCUUUGUUGGUUGGACUGAUUAACAUGUUCAUGAUGAAAUCACGGCCAAAAGGGUUCACGGAAGGAAACACUGAAGAUGGAAAAGUGAUCCCAAUGUGUCAUCUCAACUAUUGGUAUCCUGGACAGGUUGGGCGUUUUGACUUUUUAAAAAAAUUUUAAGAGGGAAGGCCGAAUAAAAAAUUUAAAGAUUUUGAGGCGUGGUGUUUUUUUUGGCUGGGUCGAAAUAAUUUUUUUUGUAUAUAUGACGCAAUUAAUCUUUUUGAAAAAAACAAUGUUACUGUAGUAAGUGGUCUAUAAUGGCCCUACCUCAUUACUCCAGAGGGCAUCUAUAGACUGUAAAAAAUUUUUUUGAAAUUUAAAUUUGGAGAUUUCAGCUGAUUUUAGCUAUUAAACGGGUUUUAAAAAUUAAAUGACACUUCUAGAUACUUCUAAAACUUUUCAAAAACUGAAAUUUUCGAAUUUUGAAAAAAACAAAAUUUUAAAAAUUUAAAUUUUUCAAAAUUUAAAAAAUUGCAUUUUACGAAAUUCGAACUUUAAGGGCUUUUUCGAAACGAUUUUCAUACUCGCGGCGGUCGCGUGCAUUCCGGUCAUGCUGUGUGCCAAGCCCUACCUCCUGUGGAAGGCGGACAAGGAGCGGCGGCAGGGCGGCAACUACAACAUGAACAAUUUGGUGAGGGUUUAAUGUUGUUGCGGUGUGUUUCAGGGCACGGUGGAGGUUGUGUUGCUGUUGCUCGCGUUGUGUUCGAUUCCUGUCAUGUUGCUGGUGAAGCCGUAUUAUUUGUGGCGUGCCGACAAACGUGCCAAACAACGAACGAUGUCGCGCCGGGGUCUGUUCAAUGGAAGCAACUCAUUGGUCGGUUUUUGGAACAACUACGCAUCUUUAUCUUUUUGUCGUGUUUUGAUAUUGUUUUAGGUUUUUUUUAGUUUUUUAUCGUUUUUAAAGGUGUUGUGAAGCUGUCUGUUUUUGAUUUUGUUUGUGUUGUGAUAGGAUUGUGUUAUAUUUAAUUUAUUUACUACGUUAACCAACAAGUUUUUCUUUAAUUAGGUUUGUUUAAAUUAAGCUUUUGAGCUUUUUAUGAAACGAAAAUCGAAAUUUUGAGGGUUUUCGGACUAAAAUAUGGAAGUUUUUGGGUUUUUAAAAGGAGAAUAUGACAUUUUUUGCUUUUCUAAAACUUUUAGUGUAAAGAAAAAAGGUUUUACAGUUAAAGUAAAGUAAUAUCGUAGGCUUUUUCAUUUUUAAAAAACAAAUGUAAAUUGAUUUUUUUCUAAAAAUUGCCUAGAAAAAUACAAAUUUUUAUUUUUAAGAUGCUUUUUCUGCUGCUUUUUGUGCUAUUUUGGUCAAUUUUUUGUUAAAACGCCCUGGAAUUAAAAUAUUAGGUUGUUCAAAUAAUUCUGUGCUCCCUCUCAAAGAAAAUUUUUGGUAUCGGCACAAUAUUAUUUGAACAACCUAAUAGUCAAGUCGAAACCUCUAUGCUUUUUUUGUGUAAUGUUAAACAAGACUGUUUGUUGUCGUCAUGUUUUGUCCAAGUUUUGCUUUAAAGCAUUGUAAAAGUCACCUUUUUUAGUAUUGUGUGUUGAUUACAGAAACAAACGCGAGCAGCAGUAACCUUUCUACCUGUUAUUCCACUAUGUGUUUUUCUACUUUGUGAUUGUACUGUCAUACAGAAACCUAAAAAAAGUUUUGACGAUUUUUACAUUUUCAGAAAAAAAAAUUUUUCUUUAAAAAACUUUUGAAAUUUGAAGAAGUUGAGUAUGACAGUGCAGUACACCUUUUGUAUAUGUGUGAUGUGACUGUUUGGUUUUGUGAAAAUGAUAAGAAAUGUUUUUCAGAGUGUGCGCGCUGAUGUUGAUGAUGACCAAGUGGAAAUCAACCAUCACGAUGAACAAAAUCACAAAGCUGAUGCUGGAGGGCAUGGUCAUGGAAGUGGACCGGUAGGUUUUUUAUUGUAAUAAAUUUGUUUCCUGGGGUAAUUUUUAAUAUUUUUAAUUAUUUCGCUGUCUUGUCAGGCUUCCUCCUGAAGCUUUUUUAUAUUUUAUUUGAUUAUUGUCAUUUUAGUUUGAUCUCGGUGAUACGAUGGUAUAUUCAGCCAUUCACACAAUCGAAUUCGCCCUAGGAUGUAUUUCCCACACAGCUUCGUAUCUUCGUUUGUGGGCUUUGAGUUUGGCUCAUGCUCGUAAGUUUUUUCAAUCAAUAUUUUUUUGAAAAUUGUUGAGCUCGGUGCUCUUGUGAAUAUAUGUAAAAAAAAAUUUUAAAAUCCAAUUUUUUUGUCUAUUUAUAUAAUUUUAAUGUUUUUACCCCUGCCAAAUCAAAAUCACUGGCUUGACGGUAAUUAUAAGUAUUAGCUUACAAUAUUAAUUAACUUUUAAAAUUUUGAUCUUCCAGAGCUCUCCGACGUCCUCUGGAGCAUGGUAUUCCGCCGGUCGUUCGGCUUCGAUGGCUACCUGGGCGCGGCCGCCACCUACGUCUUCUUCCUGGUCUUUGCCACCCUAACAUUGGCCAUCCUCGUCCUGAUGGAAGGCUUGUCCGCAUUCUUGCACGCUCUUCGUCUCCACUGGGUCGAGUUCCAGUCCAAGUUCUACCAGGGCACCGGCUACGCAUUUAUUCCCUUCUCCUUCGAAACCAUCUUGGCCGAAACGCGCGCUGAGGAAGAGGCACAAUAA